AUGACUUCACGUGUACCAAUGGCUGCUGUAAGAACAAUCCGUGUCUUAAUAGAGGAACCUGUACUGAGAUCUGUCAACCCACAAGUGUUCGGUACAAUUGUUCCUGUCCUGUACCGUUUUUUGGAAAGCACUGCGAGAUUCAGCAGAAAAGAAGCUGUCAAGAUUUCAAAGGAGCCGGGUCCACCGCCUCUGGAUUGUAUACAGUUAACAAUGACAAUAAUCAAACCUUCCAGGUGUUCUGUGAUUUGGAUUCAGAGCCUGGGUUCGCUUGGAACCUGAUUGAGUCGUUUAGCUUAUCCAACAAAGAUCGUUUUCAGGUAUUUGCUUUCUCUUUAAAUCCUCUACAAAUAUCUAAUACAUGAGCGUAGGACGAAAGCGCAUUCAGCAGAAAAAUGUGAAAUACAUUCAGUCUCAUGUUGCUUCCAUGAGUUUUGUUUCAUAAGCGACAGUUUUGACAACGAUCGUACACAGUUGACGAUAACAAUAAUCAAACCUUCCAGGUGUUCUGUGAUUUUGACUCAGAGCCUGGGUUCGCUUGGAACCUGAUUGAGUCCUUUAGUUUAUCCAACAAAGAUCGUUUUCAGGUAUUUACUUUCUCCUUAAUCUUCUAUAAAUAUCUAGAACAUGAGCGUAGGACGAAAGCGCAUUCAGCGGAAAAAUGUGAAAUACAUUCAAUCUUUUGUUGCUUCCAUGAGUUUUGUUUCAUAAGCGACAGUUUUGACAACGAUCUAACUUCCUCAUCAAUUCUACUUCCUCUACAGGAGAACAUCGUGUUUUACGAUGACUACCAAGCCAUCAGCGGUGAUGCCCCAAAUUGGCAGGCUUACCUCAUCAAACGACCCUACCUCCUUUGGCUCAGAGAUCACUCGACUCACUGGAGAGCUACUUGCCGAUACAACACGGAUGGUACCGUAUACACAGAUUACCUGAGAGCCUCGCUUGAAGACUUUGACAUCAUUAAAGACGUACCCACGGUGGUAGACACCUGUCGACCUUACGAAUAUGUCAACAUCCGGGGAAAUGAGUGUGUGAAUUGCACUGCAUUCACAGCGUAUACAAAAGGCAUUUACUCUCUGCAUGUCGACUCUUAUUUUACCCAUCAGUACUGCGAUUUCGACGCAAGCAAGUCGGCCAUAAAUGACGAGGACAACUUUGGAAUGUACAGUUCUACAAAUCCCAAAUUCCGUUGCACCUCAAACUCGGGUGAUACGACUCAGUUCUGGAUCGGAGGCAAAUAG